AUGUGGCACAACGUUGGGCUGACCCUGCUGGUGUUCGUGGCCACGCUGCUGAUCGUACCGCUGCUGAUGGUGUGCGGUUGGUAUUUUGUAUGGCAUCUUUUUUUAUCGAAAUUCAAGUUUCUGCAGGAAUUGGUGGGAGACACAGGAGCUCAGGAGGGAGAUCAUGAGCCCUCAGGCUCUGAGACUGAAGAAGACACUUCGUCAUCUUCACACAGGAUCAGAUCUUCUCGGCAAAGGAGGGCACCUGCUGAUGAAGGCCACUGA